AUGGCCGACUCUGUCAUCUCUCUUGUCAUUGGGAGAACCGUUGAUCUGCUACAUAAAAAAUCUGUUUUCCUAAAAGAUGUUCGACGACAAGUUGAAGGACUUGGAAAUGAUCUGGAGUGGAUGCGGUGCUUCCUGAAAGAUGCAGAACAGAGGGAAGAUGAAGAUGCGAGGAUCCGCAACUGGGUUUCUUUAAUCAGAGCUGCUGCCUACGAUGCGGAGGAUGUCAUUGAGAUCUUUGCCAGCAAAGUUGAGUUCUUCACAAGGAACAAGGGACUCAUCACCAAAUUGACGUAUUAUCCCUUGAAAAUUGUAAACCUCUACACGAUAGGGAAAGAGAUUGAAUCUUUACAGAUGAGGCUCAAUGACAUAGCUGAUAGACGCGAAAAGUAUGGUAUCAGAAAUCUCGAAGAGGGAAUGAGUUCACGGGGAGAGGAGUUUCGGCGCCUUCGCCGAACCUCUCCUUUUAGCGAGGACAAGGAUAUAGUGGGCUUCGAGGAGAUUACAAAAUUCCUGGUGGCAGAACUUCUGAAACAGGACAAAAACCGCCGUGUGGUUUCAAUCGUCGGCAUGGGAGGAGCUGGUAAGACAACUCUAGCCAAAAAAGUUUAUAACCAUGCUGAUCUCAGGGAAAGAUUCAAUUGCCGUGCUUGGCUCUGCGUCUCUUCAAGCUACGGUCACAAAGAGAUGCUGAGAUCAAUCAUAAAGCAAUUGAAUGCAGUGGAUAACAAGCUACUUGAGAUGUUGGAAAAGAUGGACGAGCAGGACUUGGAACGAAGGCUCUAUCAAGAUCUACAAGAUAAAUGCUAUCUUGUGGUACUUGAUGAUGUAUGGAAGGAAGAAGCGUGGGAUUGUCUUGCUAGGGCCUUUCCUGAUGUUAAUACAUCAAGUAGACUGCUAAUUACAAGUCGCAACAGGGGUGUUCCCUUACACGCAGAUGCUCUGAGCAUCCCAUAUGAUUUGAAAACUUUGGGGCAGGAAGAUAGCUGGCAGUUGUUCCUUAGAAAGGCCUUAGGCCAUGGGGAUAAUGCUUGGUGUCCUCUGGAUUUGGAAGAAGUGGGAAGAGAGAUUGCAAGGAGAUGUGAUGGUCUGCCACUGGCCAUCACAGUUGUAGGUGGGCUGCUACUGACAAAGAAAAGGUUGAAGAGUGAAUGGGAGAAAGUUCUCAACAGCUUCAACACAAACCUAUCAAGGAGCCAGAGUGGAGUAUCAGCAAUUCUGGAAUUAAGUUAUGCAGACCUUCCUCCCAAUCUGAAAUUUUGCUUUCUAUAUUUGGGGUUGUUUCCCGAAGACUACAUGAUUUCUGUGCGAAAGUUUAUCCAUAUGUGGGCUGCAGAGGGAAUAAUGCAGAAAAGAGAUGCACAAAAUUUGGAGGAAAUUGCAGCAUAUGAUCUGGAACAACUUUUUAGCAGAAAUAUGGUUCAGGUGGCGGAAAUGACUGUUGAUGAGAGGAUUAAAAGCUGUAGAGUCCAUGAUUUGUUGCGAGAGCUUGCAAUCAGAAAGGCAGAGGAUGAAAAUUUUUUUCAGAUCCACGACACCAGAUAUGAUAAAAUAUCAGCCAAAUCCAGGUACCUCGCUGUUCAUAUUCUCCCUCGGGAUACAAAUUAUUUUUGGACUUCGACCCCUCCUCUCCGGUCUCUACUUUUUUUCAAUGUCCAUGUUGACAGGGAAGACAUUAGUCUUAGCUUCAAAAGUUUCAGAAAGCUUAGGAUACUAGACCUUGAGAAUGUUAAGAUGCCGUAUAAUUUGCCAAAAGAAAUUGGUAAAGUCAGGCUUCUGAGAUACCUCAGUUUAUUAGAGACAUCCAUUAGUAGGCUCCCUCAUUCCAUCGGUUGCUUGCGAUACCUACAAACUCUUGACAUACGGAACCUUGAUCCAGUGAUAGUCUCAAAUUUCAUUUGGAAGCUUGAAAGUUUACGGCAUCUAUAUGCAUCUGAUAUAAAAUGUAAUGUGCCUCUUAAGAUUGAAGGAUUGAAGAAUCUCCAGACUCUAUUAGGCAUACGCUUUGAUCACAUUAUGCACAAUAACAUGAUGACUUUGACAAGUCUUCAGAAACUGGGGAUUGUAGUAGAUGAUAGGUCAGAGAUAGACAAACUCUGCAUGCAUUUAUCUGAGGUUGGAAGUCUAAAGAUGUUACAUCUUUACCGUGCUCGAGGAAGAUACCGGUGGCCAUCUGUAGCUGGACUUUCUAAGCUACAUCAUGUAACAGAGCUUAAGAUAUAUGGGGCGGGUUUGAGAAUGCUGCCUCCUGAUUUCCCUCCAAAUCUCUCUCGCUUGUCUUUGAAAUACACAGAUCUCAUGAAUGACCCAAUGCCAAUACUAGAGAAGUUGGGACAGUUGUCGUUCCUCAAAAUGAAAGAUGCAUAUGGGGGGCCACGGCUAGUCAUUUCUAGGCAUGGGUUUCGCCAAUUGAAAUUCCUUGAGCUCGACCUCCUAUGUGAUUUGGAUGAAAUAAUGGUGGAGAAAGCUGCAUUGCCACAGCUCCAGUGCUUGAGAAUCAGGGACUGCCGCAAUUUGGAGAAGUUGCCGGAAGAGCUGAAGCACAUAUCUACUCUUGAUACGCUUGAGCUAGUGGACAUGCCAGAAGAGUUCAUCAGUAGGCUUGAUGCGGACAUGGUGUCCAGUGUCCCUAACCUCAGAAUAUUUGACUCCAGGAUCUCGCAAAAGAAACGAAGAUUGUCUUUUUAUUCGUGGCGUAGAAUGGAAGGUUAUGCAUAA